AAAGAACAGCUGUAGUACGUACUGCCGCGAAACGUGAAAUAGUAACAGUGUCGAAUGUUGUUUAUGUUUAAAAUGGGAGAAGAACCGAUAUUAACAAAUGGUACUUAAGAGUUUAUGGGAUUUCUUGGAACUUAAAUAUAAAAUUAUUAAUUUUGUCAGUAAAUAAUGUUAGAGAAAUGAGGCUAAUACUAAAGAUCGUACGGAAUGAAAGGCUAAUAUUGUAAAAAUAAAAAGUACCAAGUCAAACAUGAUGAAAAGUGAUGAAAAUGUGGAUGAGCUUUUGAAUACCAUAUUCUUGGGUGAGGUGCGCUCAGUUCAUAACUAUGGAGCUUUUGUUACUAUACCAGGGCGUCGUGACAAUGGGCUAAUACAUCGUAGCCAAAUUUCCAAAAGUGCAGUAGAUGACGCAAAUGAUGUGUUACAGCGUGGAGAAAGAGUUUGGUGCAAAGUUAUCGGUGUAACGGAUGAAAAGAAAAUUUCCUUGUCAAUGAAAGUGGUGGAUCAGGGUACUGGAAAGGAUUUAGACCCAAAUGGAGUUCAGAUUCACCAAGACGAACUCAAAAGAAAGUCCUUCGACCCAUCUUCAAGGAGAAAAGUUAUUGAACUUGAAGCAGUGUUAAAGACAACGUGUACAAAAUGUGGUACUUACGGACAUUUAGCAAAAGAUUGCUUCAAGAGUCCAGAUGGGAAAACCUAUGAGCUUUUGCCAGACGAUGACGAUGAUGAUGUGCCCGGUGUACUUGCUCAGCUAGCUGAAGAGGCACAGAAAACAAAGCAUAGUAAGAAAGCAAAGAAAAUUAAAAAGCACAAGAAAAGUAAAAGUCACCACAAGAAAUCGAAAAAGUCUAAAAAGAAACGAAAAUAUGCAAGUGAUACAUCUGACAGUGAGCAGUGUUCUGAAAAAUCAGCGAGCAGCAGCCCAAAUAAUGAAAGGAAAAUAAAGGGACAUCAUAGUGAAAAGUCUCGCAGAAAGAGAAGCCAUUCAUUAUCUCCAGAAAGUGUUUCCAAGAGGAAGAAACAGUAAAACAUUGUACUAUUGUAAAAAGAUACUGAUUUUACCAAAGACAAUUUCAGGCAAAUUCAACAGUCACCUUUGUAUUUCCUUUUAUGAUUAUUAGUAAAAAUGAACUUGAAAAAUCUACUUGUUAUGUUUUUAAAAAAUCAAUUUAAGUGUGAAUAUCACCAGCUUAUGUCCUAAUGUGAAAUUGCUAAUUGAAGUACUCAGACAAAAUCGUACACACCGCAUCAUCAAUCCAAGUGAUUCCUGAGUACUAACAGUUUCAUUUCUUGCUAGUUAAAUAUGUCCCAAUUUCUAUAACCUGCCCUGCUGUCGUAUUUUUAACACCAAAACUUUUAUAUGAGCAUUUAAAGGAGUUUGAAACCAUUUUCCUUGGCACUUUUCAGUAUCAGACGUGAAUGAUGAUGCAACAAAUCUUGUCAUUCACACUCAAGAACUCUGGCGACAAGAACAUACAAUGUGACACAUUAGUGCUUCUGAAGAGCAGCACACUAAUUGUUGGAAAUAAAGCCAGAUCCCUAUUUACUUUUGCUUAUAUUCUUCUUCAAAAAUAUAAACAAGAUUUACAUGUAGCUGUUUACUAUUGUUACAGUUUGAUGCAUCAGCCACAAAGUUACAAGAUCACAAAAGUGUCACAAGUAGUAUAAGCUAUGUUGUUCCUUUGUCAGUGUCCAUGG